AUGAGUGAGGAAGAGCUCGGAGCUGCAAGCAUCGAGUGCAAGGGGCGCGUGUGGAUCGAGCCCUCUGCCGUGGUUCCGAUGGGUUCCGACAUCUCCAUCAGCUGCCAGUCCACGCUGGGCUGUCCUUCAGCCCAACUCCUCAUCCUCCUCAACUACAGCCGAGCUGAGGGGACCCCGCAGCCCCUGCCCGGCAGCGCCGUGCGGCUCCGGCUGCGCGAUUUUCGGAUGCCCUUCGCCACCGUCACCUGCUUCUCCCUCUGUGCCCACCCCCAGCGGCACCGCCUGGUGUGCGGCACCGAGCUCCGGGCGGGCUACCCUCCGGACCCCCCCGCUAACCUGAGCUGCGCCAUCGCCGAGGGCUCGGAGCGCCUGCAGUGCGGCUGGGAUGAAGGACGGGACACUCACCUGGCCACCCGGCACAGCCUCCACCUGCGCAGGGUGGUGCCACAGGAUGAGGAGGAUGAGGAAGAAAAGACCUUCCCUGCAGACUCCCCUGUGCUGCUGAGAGAGCUGCGUAAUGAGAGCCACUACUCGGUGUGGGUGCAGGCCAGCAACGCUCUGGGCACUGCCAGCUCGGCCCCUCAGCUCCUCAGCCUGCAGGAGCUCGUGGUCCCCGCUCUGCCCGUGGCCAUCGGCGCCGAGACCUCGGAUUCGUCCCCUCCCGUCACCACCACUCGCUGGAGGAGCCGGACCCGGCUGCAGAACGUGCAGUGCCAGGAGAGGCACAGAGCCACGGGCACCCCAAGGUGGCAGGUGGAGCCGUGUGACAAAGUGGCACAGGAGGGUCCCCGCUGGCAGCACGAGCUGCAGAGCGACACCGAGUUCGUGUUCCAGGUCCGGUGCCGGCUCAGAACCGCCCGCAGCCCCUGGAGCGCCUGGAGCCCCCCAUUCCUCUACAGCACCCCCGAGGCAGCCCCCUCCUCUCCCGCUGUGUGGCGGCGCCUGGGUCCGGUCCUGCCCAACGGCAGCCACGAGGUGACGGUCUUGAUCAAGCCUCUGCCAGCCCGGGAUGCCCGCGGGAGGAUCCUGGGCUAUUCCGUGGCCACCGAGAGCCCCGGGGGAGCGGAGCCGCUGUGCCUCACCCUCGGUACCGAGUGCACGGUCCUGGUGCCUCCCGGAGCCCGCAGCCUCCUCGUCACCGCCCGCAAUUCCAAAGGUGCUUCCAGCCCUGCCAGAAUCCCCCUAAACCGAGCUGCAGCUCAGCAAGAAUUCCCAGCACCAGAGGCCGUGGAGGUGAAGCCUGAGAACCAGAGCAGGGUCCUGGUUCAGUGGAAGCCCCCCCAGCCCAGCCAGAGCCCCCUGCUCUGGUUCAUACUGGAAUGGGUUGCCAGUUCCCAGCACGGCCAGGGGGAACAGUUCUUCUGGGAAAAAAUCCCACAGCAGGAAACGCACACCUACAUCCAAGGAGCUGCCCCCCGUGUGUCGCUGUACUCGGUGUAUCCCGAGGGCAUCAGCCAGCCCAGCUCCAGCCCAGCCCCUCCGGAGGAGCCACAUCUGGGCAGCACCUACAGCCAGAUGUCCCAGGAUGAUGACAUCCGAGUUUUCUUGGGACUGAGCCUCAGCGUGGUGGGAUUAUCAAUUCUUUUUGCAAUUGCGAUGUUCAAAAAAUCAGUCAGGAAAAGGGUGAAGGCCACCCUCGUGUCCCUCUUGCCAAAGUGGCUCUUGGAAGAUUUUCCCCACAUGGAGAACAGCUCCGUGGUGAAGUCACUCCAGGGCAAGGAAGAUUUCCCCAAUUUCCAGGAGCCGUUCCUGGCCCCCGGCGAUCCCGCAGUGACGGAAAUCGAGGAGGUGCCGGCACAGGAACGACACCAAAACCCGGACACCGAGGCCAGGGCAGAGGUGACCGAGCACGGGGAGGUCACCAGGACCUUGGUGGCCCCCGGCAACCUGGCCCUGGAGCAGCUCAGUGCCUACAAACCCCAACUGUCCCACGGCAACGCUCUGGGAUACAUCACUGCUGGAAUCCCGCAGCAACCCGCAGAAAUCCCAAAAGCAGAGGUGGGAAUUUUCUCUGGGGACUACACCAGCCCCGUCCCCCAGCUGUGGGAGCAGCAGGGAGCAGGAACGGCCCAGAUGUGUCUGCUGGAGAAGAUCCACCUGGUUCUGAACAGCAGCCAAGCAUUCCCAGUGCAGGCAGCACCUGGAUCCUGCCCGGGGAACCCCUGGGAACCCAGCGAUGUCCCCAAGCAGAUUCUGGUCCCCGAGGAGCUGCUGUCCUGCCUGAGAGCCACCAACAGGGAGGCCGUGGAUACAAAUGCAGGGUGGGAGGGUUGUUCUGACAGGAGCUGGAAUUGGGGAUGA